AGAGGCAGUAUGGAGAGAUGAACUGAGUGUGCCUCUGCAACGCAAAGUUCGAGGGAGUGAGGUGCGUGCCGUCGACAACAUUUGCUAACCUACAACGAGCAAUAACGACCUCGAGGAUGCCGGUGAACGUGGAGAGGAGAUGGGGAUGAGACGUUCCCCGCACUUUAUGCACCGGCUUAACUUCCGGCUCUGGGUUCGUACUUGCCGGCGCCAAGCUAUUCUUCCUUCGUUUCUUCAGUUCAUCUUCGGGUUCGAAAACUUCGUACACUAUACAGCCCCAGUGCUACAGGUAAUGGCAUUGAAUGUGAACUCAGGACAGUCGCAUGAAGCACAGUUCGGUCCACCAUCUGCCCCCAUCAACAUCGCACAGUUCCUACAGACCGCCCUCAAGUUUGAGCAAGGGUCAGACGAUCACUCGCCAUGCAGCGUGUUUUCUCACUCUGUUGGCAACGGAAAGGCCCAGGAAUGGUUGACGCUCAACCAGACGCAGCAUGAAGCAAUUGAAACAGAAUGUAGUGUUGGAGAUAUACAAGAAUCCUUGAAUGAAGUAGUAUCCAACCCCAGGCUCUUCUCUCAUGUUAUCAAGACACACGAAGCUGCUGUACAGUCAAUCUAUGAAACGGCAGAAUCGUCGAGUCGUCGGAAACGAAAGCGAGUCACUGUCACCGAGCCAGCGGAUGAGCAUGCAGGUGUCGCCUCGCUGAGGUCAAAACUAGAUGCCGUACAAUUAACCAGUUGGCCACUUACUCUUAAUUCUGCGUUGUUUAUACGCACACCAAGACAUGCAGACCACAACACACUAGUGGAAACGAAACGAUUGAAUCUUUCAUCCGAUGUGAAUAAUAUACACCAGGCACUUAUCUUUGUGACUGUUCAUAGUCCUCUGUCUUGGGGCCAUAAACUACUGGCACGUAGCUCGCAGCACGUUUUGCUGUCAUCCCAAACUCUCGGUGAUCUCUAUGAUGUGAUACCUUGUCCAUCUAAUGAGAUCCCCGAGGAGGUUGAGAACGAUGAUGGAAUGACCAAUUGGCAUUUCACACAGCCGGGUUGCGGCAGCACUGGCGCCGUUAUCUGUAUUGAAGAGACCAUGUAUGGAGAUGCACAGACCGAGCGUGACUACAGCGAUAAACUUCAAGACUUGAUUCAACGCAUUCCUGAAAAAAGACGGCCGACGUUGAGCAAGGGACCUCCCAUGCAUGAGACGAACUUCGAUUCCCUGGUCAUUCGACUGCAUACCCCUUAUUGGUUAUUGCAUGCAGGCAACUGCGAACACUUCCUCGUGUUUGAGCACAUACGUCUAAUUCAUCCAUCGGAUCCACCGCUAUCAUCAUAUCCUCUCACCACGCAAAUUACCCCGCCUCUUCUGGACAACUGCAGGAUAUGUAACAAAGUUCCUGCCGUAUAUUCUGUUGUCGGUGAUAUCAGGCUCGGGGAAAGUCCCUUCGUGGUUUGUGCACCGUGUUGGAGAUGGAUGGGAAUGCCGAAAGGGGAGGGAGCUAAGAAUGUGACGGUUGUACCCUUACCAAAGCAUGAAUUUGGUUGGAAUGCAUGAAAUGUAAUCUACUUGUCAUGUGCUACCUAGGAAUCAUUUUUUUAAGCUAUUAGGAUGACAUGAUGUCUACUGCUUUC